UUUAAUGGACGAGAAAAAUAUUAAAUUAAAUAGUUUUAAAUGCUCUGUUCAUCCAAUUCUACAGAUUCAAGAAAUAUGUGAGAAAGAAAUUGUAGCCCUUGAAAAGGAACAUAGAGACAAAUAUAAACUGGAUAAUAAUAUAUCUACGGUCAAUACUAUUCGAUGUGUCUCAAAGUUAUUUUAUAAAGAUGGUUCUGGAGAUCCCCUUUUAACUGCAAAUUACUUAAAAAGUGUGGGAAUUAAAUCUAUACCAAUUUUAAAUUUUAGAGGCAAUCGAUUCAAUACACUAUUUCAUAAUGCUGCUGGAACCUUUUUUAUAAAGAAACAAAUUUUGAAUUAUUUGUGUGAAUCAAAGACCAGUUUAAACUUCACACAGAACAUUAUUGUUAAUGGACUGAAAAAUGAAUUUAUUGUUGCAGUGAUUCAUGCUCUGGGUAUUAUUUUCAAGCUAGUUACAGACCCAUAUAUGAAAAUUACUAUGUCGAAUUCUAGUGUUUUGGAAGUGUCGGGUGUCUAUAGCAGUCUAAUAGAUGUAAUGAAAGCUGGUAGUAGUCAACCAGAUUUGUUUCUGAAAAACCAAAUUCAUCUUAUAUGUGGACCAAGAAAAUAUAAUGAUGAAAUUGAAAGUUCACUCUUUGAUGAAGUAAAUAACGAUGAAAUAUCAGAAUUGAUUAUAAAACGGUUAUGUAGUGCUGUUCAUAACAAGUGUUUGAAAACUUACUCUGAGUAUCUUGAAGGUGGCAUAUUCUUUGAACCACAAAAAGAUCUAGUUAAGGAAAGCGAACAUUGUCCACAAAACAAUAUAACUGUUGAAAGGCUUAUGGCCAAGCUAGAUUCUGGUUUAAAGUCAGCGCCAAAUAUCAAUACUUGUAAUCUGGAAUCUAGAAUAAUGUUUAAAAAUAAUGACACAGGAGAUUGGUUGAUUGAGCAAAAUGAAGACAUUAGAAAUUCAAUAAUAGAAAAUGCAAGAAUGAAAAGGAAAGCUGUUCAACAGCAGGAAAGUGAAAGAAAAAAUCAGUUAUUUAAGAAAUCCGUUGAUUUGAUAAAUGAAAGGAAAAGGAGGAAAAUAGAAAGUAAUGAUAAAAAGCAAGAAAAGGAAAAAAACUUAAAAGACAAAAUAGAUAAAGUAGGAUGUGCAGACAAUGAAAGUGAAAUUAGAUCAAAGUUAGAAGGCAUGAAUACCAAAAGGAAAAACUAG